AAUGCUCAAAUCUCAAAAAUCAGAUUGUGUUUCUGAUUCUUGUAAUAAUGUAAGUGAUAAAACUAAGAUUCAAGUAUUAAAAAAGGCAGUGCUUGAGUUAAGAGUACAAAAAGAAUAAUUAGAAAUUUCCAAUUAAUCUUUAUCAAUUGAAUUAAAUAAGGUACUUAAAGAAAAAUAAUAAAAUGUAAAAAUAUUCUGAAAUUGAUUAGGAAUAAUCAUUAAUUGAAUUAGUUGAAGAAUAAAAAUAAAGAAUAUCUAUUUUGGAAGGAAAUAUAGAAACAACUCCUGUUAGAAUAAAAUCUUCAAGCAAUUUUUAUACACAAAAUGAUGGAGUGGAGGGAACAACAGAUUAGUAAUUACAAAAUAUGAUAAAAUUAAAUAAACAAUUACAAUAGUAAAUAAUUUGGUAUAUAUUAGAGAAAUAAAAAUUAUGUAAAAUAAUUUUUAAGCUUAAUAAAGUAUUUUAUAAAAUGAAUAAAACAAUUUACAAAAAGAAUUAAUGAAUAAAGAAGUUAUAAUGGGUAAACUUAGUAAAGAGUUAGAAGAAGCUAAUCUGUUGAAUAAGCAAUUAAAAAAAAACAUUUAAGAUAUUGAAGAAGAUUUAUAUAACAAAAUAAUAGAUUAAUCAUAAAUAAAUACAGAUUUGAAAAUAAAAAUAUAGAAUCUUGAAUCAAUACUAUUGUAGAAGGAGGCUGAAAUGCAGAAUUUAGAAAAUAUAAUUGAGCAAUAAAAAUUAAACAUAUUUGAGUUGGAAGAAAUAAGAGGGAAAUUCUUGUAACAUAGAUUAAUUUUGAAGAAUCAAUUGCUUGAGAUUAAUUGUGUUUUUAUACUUAGACAAAAUAUUUAUAAUGAGUAUAUAUUAGAGUUAGAAACAACAGCAAAAAGAUUCAUUUAUAAGGCUAAUGAAAUAACAGAUUUGUAAAUGAAAGAUGAUUAGCAUUUUGUUUUAACUCUAUCUAAAAGAUAAGAGACAUUCAAAAUAGUAUAAGGAUAAGAUAUAAGAAAGAUUUGUAAAUCUAUAAAGUAAUAAUUUAAAGUAUACUUACAGGUAAUUUUUAAUUAACUCUUAAAAUCAAUUAUAAAGCAUUUAAACAAAAUGAAGUAAAUUAUUUUAUAUUUAUAUAUUUUUUGCAUAUAAAUAAAUCAUAAAAAAUUCUAAUAAAGCAAGAGGAUUAGUAAUGAAUUAAAUUGA